AUGAACAACUCCAGUUCCCACGAAGCCUUCAUCUCCUCCUUCCUCACUCACCAGCGUGCCCCGACGAUCCACGAGUUUCGCCGCUCAUUUCCGAUGCACCGAAACAGAGUGGCGCACCCGUUCUCCACCGCCCCGACGACCUGCAUCGUCUCCUGCGGUGAGCGCGAAUGGUGGGGCAACUGCGCCUGGUGCUCGCUCGGGGUAAUACAGCUGGCCGGCGGCACGGCCUCGCUCACCACCCGCCUGGGCAUUAUCGGCGACGAGAUCUCCAUCGCCGUGAAGGACGGGGAGCUGGUCGACAAGGACUACGUCAUCCACUUCCCCAUCCCCAUGGCCAACGCCUGGGGCAACGUCAUCUUCACCUGCUCCGUUAUGCUGGUCUUCCGCAACGAGGCUGAGGUCGACGCCUGGUGCGCCACGCGCGGCAUCCCCAAGGGCGACGUCCGGCCCAUCGACCAGAUCUGGACGUUUGCCAGGGAGUGGCACAGCCUUCAUGCCGAUGCGGACUGGACGAAGUGGUCGCUCCGCGAUGCGGUUGAGAUCUUCCGUCGCCAUAAUCUGACCGGGCCGGUUUGGGCCAUCGGGGGCGAUGCGGAGCGCUUUUGAGGGUGGUAUGCUUGAUGAGUACGUUCUGCUGCGUGUUGAGCGAGAGUGUGGCUUGUCAAAGAUGAAUUAUGCGUCUAGUUCUUAAGUAUUUGUAAGGAAGUGUCGUUGACGCUUACUGAUACCGUGCGACUUGGGAAUGUAUCCAGAGCAGCCUAGUUCUAUUCACAAUAUUUACGCAAUGGGGG